CCUGGAGACCUUGGCCGCCGGGGCGCGGCCUCAGGGCCCCCCGCGGGAGCUCCUUCCGUGUUCCUAGCGGCCCGGACCGCCCUUUGCAGCUCAUCUUGCCUCACAGCUGGUCCCGGCCGGGUCCGAGGGUCCGGGCUGGGACGCGACCUUGGGCCAGCCCCUACCAUUCGGGACCCUCUUCCCGCUGUCUCGGCGGCGGGUGCAGGGCUGGCUCCGGGGCCGCGCAGCGGGAGGAAGCUGAGGCAUGAGCUGCGCUUUUUAACUCGGACCCAGACACCAGAGGCCGCGCCUCGCAGCACGGGCUGCAAAGUUUAGCUUUACUUCAGUUGUUGGCGGAGGUGUGUGGGGCGUCGUGAGGUCGCGGCUGAAGUGGACGGAGCUGGAUGACCAGGGGCUGGGAGCCGAGUUUGGGGGCAGCGUCGCCGUCAUCCCCGCCCCGGCCCCUCGGAGUCGCGAUCUUCCCGCUCGCCGCUGGCCCCGAAGUUUUCCCCGCGGCGGGUCCCUUUAAGGGCGGAGCCCGCCGCCGCGCCCGUGAGCGGCACCAGGAAGCUGGCGCGGGACCGAGCUACCCGACGCCUGCACCGGACCCGAGGGGAAACCGAGGCCUGAGAGGAAGCACAGCGUGGGCCUUUUUCUCCGGGCCAGUUGGAGUGGCUGCGGAUUUCCUGAGCAGGGACUUCACGACAAGUCUGACAUUAUGAGGCUGGUUCGGUCUCCUGACCCCCUUAAGGGGUCUGAGGACCGGUCGAGGGGCAGUGUAGAGGCCCCGGUGGACUUUCCCUGAAAAAGGAGAAGCAAGGCAUAGUGCCCAGCACAGUGGCUAUUCCUGGGGGAGGUCGGUUGUCACUGACUGACUGUUCCUUUCUGCCCCCAGCACCGGAGCACUUGGCCUCUGCAGGACUGGACACCAUGAGCUGCUAAAAGGGAACCUGGCUUUUCGGCUGCCUUGGGGCACAGCGUGGGGGGCCCAGAGCCAUGUCGGACUUGCUGCUGCUGGGCCUGAUUGGGGCCCUGACUCUGCUACUGCUCCUGACGCUGCUGGCCUUCGCCGGGUACUCAGGGCUGCUGGCUGAGGUGGCAGUGAGUGCUGGCUCACCCCCUAUCCGGAACGUCACUGUGGCCUACAAGUUCCACAAGGGGUCCUAUGGCGAGACUGGGCACCUUUUCACCGAGAGCUGCAGCGUCUCCCCCAAGCUCCGCUCUAUUGCCGUCUACUAUGACAACCCCCACAUGGUGUCCCCUGAGAAGUGCCGCUGUGCCGUGGGCAGCAUCCUGAGUGAAGGUGAGGAGUCGCCCUCCCCUGAGCUCAUCCACCUCUACCAGAAAUUUGGCUUCAAGGUGUUCUCCUUCCCGGCACCCAGCCACGUGGUGACAGCUACCUUCCCCUACACCACCCCCCUGUCCAUCUGGUUGGCUAUCCGCCGUGUCCAUCCUGCCCUGGAUGCUUACAUCAAGGAGCGGAAGCUGUGUGCUCACCCCCGGCUGGAGAUCUACCAGCAAGACCAGAUCCAUUUCAUGUGCCCGCUAGCACGGCAGGGGGACUUCUAUGUGCCCGAGGUCAAGGAGACAGAGCGGAAAAGCCGGGGGCCUGUGGAGGCUAGUGACAUCCCUACGGAUGGCACAGGAGCUGACACGAGUGACACGAGUUCUGUAAGCCUGGAGGUGGGGCCUGGCAGCCGGGAGACUUCAGCCACCACACUGUCCCCUGGGGCCAGCAGCCGCUGCUGGGACGACGGUGACACCCGCAGCGAGCAUAGCUAUAGUGAGUCAGGUGCCAGUGGCUCAUCCUUUGAGGAGCUGGACCUGGAGGGCGAGGGCCCCCUGGAGGAGCCACAUCUGGGCCCUGAGGUGGAGCCUCUGGGGGCUAACAAGUGGCCCCGGGAGCCAAGUACCCCUGAGAAGGGCGAGGAGUAACCCAAGGCCCACACCUUCCCGGGGCGCAAAUGCUAAGGAACUGAACAGACUCCAGCCCUCUUCUUCCUUCACUUCCUGGGCCUGGGCUGGCACGAGGGUCCAGGAUGACCUACUUUCCCCGCCCCAGGCCUCUAGCUAAGCCUUCUCUUCACUGCCCUCUUGGCUACCAGGGCCAAAGGAGCCAAGGGCUAUUUUCUGCACCAGCCCGCGGGGCCUGUCGCCCCUGUUGUGUUUUUUCAGACUCACAUGGAGCUUCCAGGACUCAGAAUAAAGCAGAUGGUUUUCUUGUUUCA